CUUUUCCACUCUUCUUUCGGUUGUUUCCAAUUGCAAAAUGUCAGCAACGCCGAGCGUCACGUCGAUUCUCGCUCCGGACUGGGGCGAGGACUUGUCCGCCACCGAGCUCAUCGCUCAAGAAAAGUCCAACCUGCACAAGGAGCUCGAGUGGCUGCUUCGCAUGGAGGUGCCUGCCGUCUUUAUGCAGCUCGGGCUCAUGCUCAAGGACUGCGCGCAAACGCUCGCUGGACCGUCCGGCGUCUCGUCUGCCGUGGCUCAGGCAAGCGUCUUCACUGCUCCCAUCACCAACACAUCUGAUUCUGUCAAAGGAUUUGCCAUGCUCGAGGGAUCGCGCAUCAUCAAAGCGGAUGUCACCGUCAGGUUCUCCAAGUGGAACAAGUCUCUGCCAAUAUCGACCUCCAUCACAUCAAAGGAGCCCUGGAUAUUAUCUCAGAUCCAAAACGCCACCAACUAUGUUCAGUUGGCACUGUCAGAGUUGGAUGAUUCUAGUCUGCAACAUGGUCUCUUUCACACCCGGGAACAAGUUCAAUCGGUCAUGGAUCGCGUUAUGGCCUUCUUGCGGAAAGCCCAGGAUCAGCUGUUGUUCCAAUCCAAUCUUUUCCCCUACAAUAUCGAUGAUCUACAGCUGAACGCGUUCAACCCUCGACUCCCGGCAGAUUUGUUUGUGGACUUUUCCAUCAACUACGCUGCCUUGAAUGUCUCGGUGUAUGCGUGCACUCUGCUCGGCACCAACCAACCUGCUCGAAAGCCUUCCUCCGUUGCUCGCAAGAAGGCCGACAUGCUGAUUGGCUAUGUGCAUGAAACACCAUAUGGCACGCGAUUUGAGAUUGUCGAUCACGACGAGGUCGAGUGCCCGAUUCCUUCGCUUGCACAAUCUCUGGCGCAUCUCAAGAGCGCCUACGAGCUUUGCCAGCGCAUGAAGGACAAGGUGUGCACUCUCAAAAUGGCAUGAGUGUUUGUUUCCAAUGUCUCGACCGCUGUCUCGCCCUGCAAUACACGUUCCAAUAUUG